UCAAUGUCAACAAGGCCAGGAAGAGAAGGGAACUGUGUAAAGGAACUGUGCAGAAGAGCCUGGGAGACAACAUCCUCCCUUCAGAUGUGCAGCGCCAGCAAUUCAGGCAAUUCCGAUACAUGGAGGCUGAGGGGCCCCGAGAGGUUUGCAGCCAACUCCACCAUCUUUGCAGUCAGUGGCUGAAGCCAGAGAGGCACAGCAAGAAGGAGAUGCUGGACCUGGUGAUCCUGGAGCAGCUCCUGGCCAUCCUGCCCCCAGAGAUGGAGAGCUGGGUGAGGGAAUGCGGGCCGGAGACCAGUUCCCAGGCGGUGGCCCUGGCAGAAGGCUUCCUCCUCAGCCAGGCAGAGGAGAAGAAUCAGGACCUGCAGGUGCAGGAGAAGACCAUGCAGGAGCAUUACCACAGAGCAGCUCCUCCAGGAGGACUUCUGGUUCCUAAACCAGAUUUCAUAUCCAUUGUGGAAGAAGCAGAAGAUUCACUUCCCCAGGACCCAGAAGGAAGAAAGAGAUCAGCAGAGGCUGAUGGUCUCCAGAACAAGUCCGAGGGGAAACUGCAAAACCAAGAACCUGAGAAAAAACAGCAGAAAAGUAUCAGUGGAAUAAAAUGGGAAAGUUGGAAUGAAUCCUCUCAGGGUGCAGAAUCCCAGGUUUUUGAUAGACACCACAAAAUUAACACAGGGGAAAAAAAUCACAACUGCUUGGAGAAUGGAAGGACCUUUGCUCAGAACUGCACGCUUCUUGUGCGUCCACAAGUCCACACACAGGAGGAAUCAUAUGAAUGCUUAGAGUGUGGAAAGGACUUUCUUCGGCGUGAUUCCUUAUUUGCUCAUCGACGAAUCCACACUGGGGAGAAACCGUAUAAGUGCUUGGAGUGUGGAAAGCGCUUUGUUCGGAGUUCAGAUCUCAAAUCCCAUCAACGUACCCAUACAGGGGAGAAACCAUAUGAAUGCUUGCAGUGUGGGAAGAGCUUUGCUCGGAGUUCAUACCUUAAUUCCCAUCAACGCAUCCACACCGGGGAGAAACCAUAUAAAUGCUGGGAGUGUAGUAAGAGUUUUGCUCACAGCACACAGCUUAUUAACCAUCAGCGUACCCAUACAGGGGAAAAACCUUAUAAAUGCUUGGAGUGUGGAAAGAGCUUUGCUCAGAGUUCAGAGCUUACAUCCCAUCAACGUAUCCACACUGGGGAGAAGCCUUAUAAAUGUUUGGAGUGUGGAAAGAGCUUUGCUCGGAGGUCACAGGUUAACUCCCAUCAACGUACGCAUACGGGGGAGAAACCAUAUGAAUGUUUGGAGUGUGGGAAAUGCUUUGCUUGGAAUUCACACCUUACUUCCCAUCAACGUAGCCACACAGGAGAGAAACCAUAUAAAUGCUUGGUAUGUGGAAAGGGCUUUGCUCUGAGUGCAAGACUUACUAUCCAUCAACGUAUCCACACUGGGGAGAAACCAUAUAAAUGUUUGGAGUGUGGAAAGAGUUUUCCUCGGAGUGACAGCCUAACUGCUCAUCAGAGACUCCACAUGGGGACAGAGGGGUGUCAAAAUAAACUCUUGGAUUGUUAAAAA